AUGUCGCACGCCUACUCCUUCAAGCACUUCACCGUCGAGUUCCCGGCUGAGCAUAAAUAUGUCGCUCAUGUGGAGAUCAACCGAGCGGACAAGAUGAACGCCUUCUUCGAAGCCAUGUGGCUCGAAUUGGGUCAAAUCUUCAAUCGACUCUCUGAAGAUUCAUCUGUCCGGGCCAUCGUUCUCAGUGGAGCCGGAGAGAAGGCAUUUACUACCGGCCUGGAUGUCAAGGCUGCGUCCGAGGGCCUGCUAUCCGAAGGCACCGACAUUGACCCUGCCCGGAAAGCCGCUCAAAUGCGUCGCCAUGUGGCCGAGAUGCAGGAUUGUAUUUCCGCUGUCGAGCGCUGCGAGAAGCCUGUCGUGCCAUCGAUCUCAUCGACCGCGGCCGAUGUGCGUCUCUGCUCGAAGGACGUGCGCUUCUCGGUGAAGGAAGUCGAUAUUGGACUGGCAGCAGACCUUGGCACCUUGAGCCGGCUGCCCAAGGUGGUUGGUAGUUCUAGCUGGGUGAAGGAGGUCGCGCUGACUGCGCGCAUAUUCGGAGCCGAGGAGGCCCUACGCGUAGGCUUCGUGAGUGCUGUGCAUGAGAAUCGUCAAGCCACCAUCACAGCAGCCUUGAAGAUGGCCACUUUUAUUGCAUCCAAGAGCCCGGUCGCAGUUCAGGGUACCAAGGAGGUUUUGAAUUUCUCGCGCGACCACUCCGUGCAGGACGGUCUGCGCUACGUGGGGGUGUGGAAUAGUGCUGCCCUGCAAACCAAGGAUGUGUCGACGGCACUACUCUCCGGGUUACAGAAGCGUAUUCCGACGUUCGAGAAGCUGUAG